AUGACAAAUACAUUGCUUUUCUUGCUGAGCACUCACAUUACAGUGCCCUCACGUCUAUGCAUCAAUGCAGAGGAGUACAUUGUUCUAGAUACAUUCAGAGGAGACAGUAAAGAUUCUGCUAUCCGGCAAAGAAGCAGUAUGCAACGUGGCGGACGCGUCAAGAGUGCUGGAGCAGAAAAUCGUACUGUGACCGAAUUAAAAAAGAAGUGGUCAGACAUCAAAGUUGUCGUGAAAAGGAGAGUCGCAGCUCAUCAUCUGCAUGUUAGCUCCACUGGAGGAGGUACUGAACUCCCGGAGCUCACACCGUUUGAGCAGCCAGUUCCAGCAAUUAUUGGCGACACACUCAUUGUCGGCAUUGUACCUGCGGGUGAGGAAGAUUCUGACAUCACCACAGGUGCCAACAAUAGUACAAAAGCUGACCCAAAUGAGGAGGACAUGGUUCCGGGCGAUGAUGGUGCUGCUUCUGUGCCGACCACAUCUUCGGGCACUGGCUGCUCACACACCCCUGCCACGGAAACUGGUGGGCGAUCAUCUGGCCAUGUGCUGACUGAUGCUGUCCUAGAAUCUCAAAAUGCAUUGGUGGAUGCGGUGAGAGAUGUGGCCAAUGAACUAAGAAAUAUCAAGGCCAUAUUGUAUGACAUUAGCGAAAAAAUUAACUGA